AUGAAGAACUUUCCUAAUCUACUGAUAUUACUCGUAUGCCUUCUUUGUUGUGCCGUUCUUCCAUCCGUGGCCAUCCACGAGGAUGAGCAGGGACUUCGGGACUGGAUUCUGCGUUUCGUCGGUCAUGUGGAACACGCUGUUCACCAUCCCGGACUAAAGAUGAAUCAAGUGUAUUUCACAUCCUCACAAGGAGCUGUUGCCGCAGUUGCACUCCGUGAUGGGGAACUGCAAUGGCGAACCCUUUUUUCUGAAUCUCAAGCUUGUAUCGCAGCAAGUAAGCGUGGAGUAGUGGUUUCUUCUCCUUCUGGAACAGUACAACUUCUUGAUACUGCAACUGGAACUAUUGAAGCCACUUAUAAACUUUUGUUGCCAAAGGGAACUAAAGUUAUGACCUGCACCUUUAUUGGAGAUGAUAUGAAGUUUGCUGCAAUGGGUUCAUCAACUGCCUACCUGUACAGCAUUGAGGCGACAACAGAUGAUGAAGAGAUUAAAGCAAGUAAAGAAUUUCCUAUUCCAAGUGAUACCCACAACAUCCGCCUUGGUGGUAAUUAUUUAUGGGUUUUACACUCUUCAGGUUCUGAACGCUACUCGCUUGAAGGAGAAAAGGAGAUAAUAACUGCAGAGGGUGGAAACAGUAUAAUGGUAUCAAAAUCUGCUGAAGCAGUUGUACUUUCUAAGACGAAAAUAACAACGAUACAAGAUGCUGGAAAGACGGAAGGUAUUGAAUGUAGUAACUGUGGCGCAGCUAUACUUGUUAAUCCUGCUGGAGCAUUUGAAGGUUAUGUUAUGACUCAAGCAGGAGUGCGCAAUUUUACAGUUUCUUUUCCUCAUUCUAAAGUAACAAUUUCAGAAAACAGUGGACGUACAGCAGUUAAUGCCCCGACGGUGCUUCUCGCAGUCUCAGAUGCUCAAUACGGUGCAUGGGCGAUUAUUCGUUCUUGUAAUGGUCAUCUUCUUGCGGUAUCGGAGCGCAGCGGUGCGGUGUGGGAACGCAUGGAGGGACUUGCAGAAAUUGCCCAUACAGUGAUUGCUGAUAAUCCAAUACGUGAUGAUCAUUUUUCUUUUACAAAAUUGGCAUUAGCAAUAUCUGAAUAUGGUGUUUUAUAUGCUAUUCCUGUUGCAGACAAAGGACAAAAUUUGCGUGUAUUAGCUGAUGUAUCAGAGAUUAUUUUGAGAAUGACGAAUGCUCCUUCAAUGAAGGAUGUAAAGAUUGAAGAACUUUUUCUCUCAAGUUCAAAUGUCGUCGCAGUUGUGGUUUCCUUUGGUAAUACACAAGUAACUAUUUCUAUUAAUACUGCUACUGGAGCUGUUUUGGAAUCGAAAAAACAUGAAGAUGUAUUGGUUGUUACACCAACAUUUGAUGUAACAAACUCCCUAAAAGUUAAUGGAACUGUUCCAUUUCCUGAACUAUAUGUUUACUCCUUAAAUGCUACUGAUGGUCUUAUAGAGGGAUAUUUGGUUUCUUCUUCUUCAGAUGCUAUUCCCCUGUGGACGGUACGUAUGCCAUUCCCUAUUAUUGCUUACGCCAGUGGUGAGGAUGCACUUCGGACGUCUGUUGUGAACCAUUUGCGUGUUUUCCCCAAUUUGAGCAGUAAGACGGAUGAAGUUCGCCGCAAGUACCCUACCCGCCACGUUCUCGUGGUGGCGCACUACGAGCCCACGGAGGAUGAAUUAAGUACACUUGUGGUAACGGCGAUUGACACCGUGACGGGCAGCGUUCUGGCGACGGUGCGGCACCGCAACGUGGCGGGGCGGGUGUCGCUGGCGGUGGUGGAGCACGCGGUGGUGUAUUAUUUCCUCGACGCCGCGGUGGUGCGGCACUCCGUGGGGGUUUGGGAGUUGUUUGAGGCCGCCGCCGGCCCGCCGCUCCGCCGCGAUGCGGGUGCCACGCUGCCGCUCGUCGCCGCGUCUUUUGUGCCCGCCGCCCGCCGCGCCUUCAGCGCCCGCGCCGCUCGACCGCCCGCCGUCGCGGUGGCCGUCCGCGGCGUUUACGGCGUCCACGGCGGUGAUCUCGCGGCCAUCGGCGUCACCACGUCGUACGGCGCCAUCGCCCGAAAGGCCGUCGUGCUCGCAUUUGAGUCCGGGAGGGUCGCAGCCAUAGAGCUACGACGUCUCCUCACGAACCCAGACGCAAAUAAUAACAAUAAUAAUAAUAAUAAUAAUGCGGAACAACAGCCACCGUUAACGCAUGUUUUUAUCGACAGCACUAUGCUCCUAACUCACAAAUACCGAAUAGCCCGUCCAACACGUAUAGCCACAGCACCAACAAGUCUAGAGAGCUCGUGUCACGUACUGGUGUCAGGUAUGGACCUUUUCUAUGUGCGGGCAUCCUCUGGUAAAGCGUUCGAUCUUCUUAAUAGCGACUUUAACAAGAGUCUACUGAUUACACUCACAUGCAGUUUUGGUGUCCUCUCCCUGGUGGCACGCUACUUUGUCAGAAGGAAGGGACUCAAUCUCCUCUGGCGGUAG